GAGCAAAGCAGCACGGGAGUCCAAAAGGUCAACCCACCCAACACACACACACACCCACACAGAGAACAGCCCACAAGGUAACACUCGUCCUCAACCACUCCUCCACGUCUCCCCCCUCUCGCUAAGCUAACCCGUCCGUCAGCCCUCCCUCCCCCACAGGAGCCUCAAGCACAAUGUCCUCCAUCAAAAUCCGCCCAGCCGCUCCAACCGACGUCCCCCUCAUCCUCUCCUUCAUCCGCUCCCUCGCCCUCUUCGAAAAAGCCCUCGACAAGGUCCUCGCCACCGAAGCCUCCCUCACAGCCACCCUCUUCGGUGCCCACCCCUACGCCCACGUCGUGUUUGCAUGCGACGAACAAUCGGGCAGGGAGAUGGGGAUGGCCCUGUACUUUUUCAACUACUCGACGUGGAAUGCGGCCCCCGGGUUGUAUUUGGAAGACCUGAUGGUCGCCGAGGAGGAUCGGGGGAAGGGCGUCGGCACGGAGCUGUUGAGGUAUUUGGCCGGCGUGGCCGUCGAGAAGGGGUGUGGGAGGAUGGAGUGGCAGGCUUUGGAUUGGAACACUCCAGCGAUUGAGUUUUAUAGGAAGAAGGUGGGCGCGAAGAGCCAGGACGAGUGGAUUGGGUUUAGAUUAGAUGGGGAGGCGUUGACUUUGUUCGCAAAGAGCUCGUAGACGGGGACAUUUCCGAGGAGUGGACUACCCAUGCGGCGUAGGGAGAUGUCAGGCGCCAUCCACCGACUGACGAUGUAGAGUGUAGGCUUGGUACUCGGCGUACAGUAUGCGAACGCACCUUCCCACUUAGACUUGACAGGACAAAGGAAAAAAUCGUCAAAUGCCAUGGCAUGCCUCACCCAUCCCCAAUAACAUUCCUAAAAAACUCGGGCGCCCUCAACGGCCUCCACUCCGCGGUAUGCGGUAUCCCGGGAUACACAUCC